AUUCAAAGAAAGGAAGUGUUCCAUAUUACUCGCACCCACCCACCCACCCUAGCGCGUCAUCGAUGGCGGAUCUUCCUUAUGUUCAUCUUCAGGAUGGUGAAGGUAACGGAUACAAUGCUCCAGAAGGCGUUUCAGUAUCUCUCACUUCUGCUGCUCCGUUUUGGUCUUCAGAUCUCGAUUCUUUCGACGUCUACCCCUCCUAUCCAGCAUUCGUUCGUUUGGAUUGUUCUCUCGCCUCCCAACUACCGAUUAUCUAUCGUGAUGUUUCUGACAACUAUUCCGGUUUACGCCUCGAUUAUUUCGACCGUGAAAACCAGGUAAAUUUCGUUAUGGACUUAUUUCAUCAGCGCGUUGAAGACCCUGAGUUUUCUCUAGCUUCUAUUCUGGAUCAAGAUAUCCCCCAACUUGGUCUUACACCCGACAUGGAUUUUUCUAAUCUGGAACUGGAAAUUGGGUUAGGAUUAGGGUUAUUGGCUGAUGAUAGAUGCGAGUUUAUUAUGGCUGCUGAUCGUGCCAACAACGAUGUUUUCGUAUCCGACAGGAGUAGUGUGUCUGAAUAUGCAGAAUCUUCUCCCGAUUGUAACGGCGGGGGAAUUUAUGGUAUGAGGAUGGUGGAGAUCGAUUCGGAUUCUGAAGAAGAAGAAGAAGAUAACGAGAUUGUUGGUAUUGAUCUAAACCUAGACAACGAUAAUGGGUUGGAUAAUAAUGCUGCUGCUGAUGAUGAUGCAAGUCUUCGAUUUUGUUGGGAUUCAUUCCAAUUAGAGGAUCAUAGAGAUGCUAAUGUAGAUUUUGAGUGGGAGGAAGUAGAUGCGAGGCUGGAGGAUAGAGAUUCGAUGAAUGUGCUUUCUUAUGCUGAUGUAGAUGAGGUCUUCAACACCUCCAUAGCCGGGCUAACUCCAUCCCUAUUGGAAACGGGUGUGGAGAGGGUUGGGACAUUAAGAAAUUUAGACUGGGAAGUUCUGUUGAAUGUUCAGAAUUUGGAGUCUAACAUAGAUCUUGAACUCGACAGCGAGCCUCCUCAUACAGGAGAUUAUGUGUACACAGAUGAUGAGUACGAUAUAUUAUUUUCGCAGUUUGUGGAAAAUGAAAAUUCAAUGGUGGGUAAACCUCCUGCUUCAAGAGCUGUUGUUGAAAAUCUUCCAUCUGUGGUCUUGACUGAGCUAGACGUGGACAAUAACAAUGCUUCUUGUGCUGUUUGUAAAGAUGAUAUAAACAUUGGUAUGGAAGCAAAACAGUUGCCUUGUUCCCACAGGUAUCACAGUGAAUGCAUCAUUCCAUGGUUAGACAUUAGGAAUACUUGCCCUGUUUGCAGACACGAAUUGCCCACAGAUGAUCCUGACUACGAACAUAGAAAGAUGCAAAGACUUGGAAACAUUCAUUGAUAGAAGAAGAAUAUUCAAGGAGAGGAUGACUGCUGCUGUGUUUGGUCCAUUCCCUUGUUCCUCAAAGAAGCCUGCAUUUGACAACCAUGAAGUCAGCUGUAGAAGGUUUUGCAUAUGUAUAUGUAUAUAUAUAAUUAUAUAUAUAUAUAUUUGGAAUUGGUGGGAAAUUGGGAAAAUACUUAUCAAAUUAUGUAGCUGUUUGUUUGGAAAGGUUAGUUUUUCACUGUUUGUUUCCUUUUACCUUGAGGAGGACAAAAAAAUGUAGACUGAGGGAAAAAAUACAGAAAUUCAAUUUAUGUUUUUUUUUAUAAAGCCAGCAUGGGCAUGGAUUAGUUCCUAUUUAUGGUGGUUUGCCAAACCAAACAGAGCCCAGAGUUUCGUGUAGGAAAUCUGAAUAUUAGUUUUUUUUAGUUGAUCAAUU